AUUCGUGUAUCAUUCAGCUGCUAAUUAUACCGAUGCAAGUAAUGAAUUGCUUGAAUUCAGUAUCAAUCGUUUGCGAGUUCCCCUAAUCGGUGCACUAUUUAUCAAGAAAGUUGUUGCGACGCAGUGAAGAGAAUUUCUCUCAAGUCGAAGAAACGUCAGACAACGUACAGUGCCAGUGCUUUGGAGUCAACUAUCAAUAAUCGAUAGCAAUCGAAUGAAAUUGAGUGAAAAUCCAGAUUUCUUCGGAAGCAGCAUGUUCCGUUACGAAGAGGAACGACUUCCGCUUAUACAGGGACAAAAGAAACGAUGGAUUCCGGCCCGCGUCCUGAUCGCUCUGAUGAUGUUCACGGCCUGCUGGACGAGUUAUAUGUGUCGGCUGCAAAUGCCGAUCCUGGCGGUGCCGAUGAUCAAAGCGGUGGCGGGAAACGCAACGGGAGGCGCCUGCAGCACGGAUGAGGAUCAGUCCCGCGUGCGUCGCGCCAUAUCCUGGUUGGACCCAGGCGCGUAUUUGGAAGACCAAAUCCUGAAGGAGAAGGACCAAGCCGCUUACGAUGCCGAGAUUCAGGAGUUGGCGAACGGUCGUUUCCGGCGUGAUGCGCAACGCGAUGCACGUCCACCAGACUCUCCGAUAAAGCUCGUCGACGGUCGGCCUUUCGAUUGGAAACCGGAGGUCCGAGGACAGCUGAUCGCCGCGUACAGCUACGGGAACGUUCCUGGAAAUUUCCUUGGAGGCAUCUUGGCUCUGCGAUGGGGGCCCAAGAAGGCGAUCCUCUGGACGUCCGUGGUGGCCGCCAUAGUGUCCCUGCUCAGCCCGAUUUUCGCACAACUCCACUGGGGCGUGCUGCUCUUCACAAGAAUCGUGAUAGGCGUUACCGGUGGUGUGACGUUUCCAGCGUGUCAUACCCUGGUCGCGCAAUGGUCUCCACCUGACGAAAAGGCGCGAUUCGUUUGGUCAUUGCUCGGUGGCACCUUCGGGACCAUCCUCACUUACCCUAUGGUUGCAGGCAUCGCGGAAUCAAUGAGCUGGGAGAACGCAUGGUAUAUCCCCUCGUUGUUGAUGAUCGUUUGGAUAUGUUUCUGGGCGAUAUUGGCAUACGACUCGCCGUCAGAGCAUCCUGGCAUCUCGGAGGAGGAGAAGAAAUACAUACUUGACUCGCAAGCGGGUACAGUGAGGGCUCAAAAACCAUCGUUGAAACAGACUCCCAUUAAAGAGAUAUUUACUUCUGUGCCAUUCAUCAGUCUGAUUUUUUGCCAUUUUGGCAACUUGUUCCUUCUGUUUUUCUACCAGAACUCGAUGAUGCUCUAUCUGACAAAAGCUUUGGGUUUCCGUCUAACCAAGGGAGGUGCAGUUGCCAGUCUACCUUGGGCUGGGAGGAUGUUGUUCGGAUUCUUCUUCAGCUGGGCUGGGGAUACAAUUAAGCGAAAGGGGAUAAUCUCUAUCACUUUGCUUCGCAAGGGAGCCACUAUUUUCUCUCAUCUAAUACCUGGUAUUUUCCUCAUCCUGGUUGGUUACGUGGGCUGCAGAUUUGUCCUGGCGAAUGUGUUUCUGGUGUUAGCACUUGGCUUUAAUGGAGCAGCUGCCAUCUCAAACUUAUCCAACAAUCAGGACUUGUCACCAAACUUUGCUGGCUUUCUGUAUGGAAUCAUGAACACUAUUGGCUGUACAUCUGGCAUAAUCAUUUCUCCACUAGUAGAGGAGAUUGCUGGAAAGUAUGGGAACCCUAUAGAGAAAUGGCAAAUACUAUUUUGGAUCGGUGCAGCCGUCUGUAUAGUUUGUAUGAUUGUCUUCGCAUUAGGCGGCAGCGGAAACAUACAAAAGUGGAACGAAAUUCGCGCCGACGAUAACAGGGAAGGAAAUUAACUUUUAAAAGAAACGAUUGCGAACGUUUUACCUAUAUUACGUUGUACAAUGUUGGGAAGUGGAUUUGGUGAUCGAUAGAAACAUCAGACCGAUGGAAUUGUGACUUAAUAGUAUGAACUUUUACUCGGAAAUGAAUGCGUCGUUGCGCGUUACUGGAAUAUUUUAGUGAACCGUUGACGAAUACAACACGGUGUCUCGACGAUGGGAUACGUUGUAUAUAUAUGUAUUUUACAAACCUACUGAACGCACAUGCAUUGUAGCAUACGUUUCUCGUAAGAGAGUAUGUGAAUUCAUAGUACAAGAUAUUGUUCAUGGCAUUUUAUAUGACAAACUUUGUAUACCAAAUAGAACUCUUUAUUUUCUGCGUGAUUUAGAUUGUUAUACAAAUAACUGUGUGAUACUUGAAUGUUUCGUUAUCGAAUAAAUACAUUUAAAACAAAA